AUGAAUGGUAUAAACGGGGCCAAUGGCACGUCAGCGGGAGCUAAGCUGUUGUGGAGGCACCCCUCCCCUGAGCGCACAGCAAUGUAUCGGUUCCUCCAGAAAGUGAACAAGACGCACGGACUGCGAUUGUCAACAUAUCCUGAGCUUCACCAAUGGAGCAUUGACAAUAUCGAUCCCUUUUGGCAGAGCGUUUGGGAGUUCGUCGGCAUCAGGGCUCAAGGCCAAGCAACAAGAGCAGUAGAUCCAAAUGCACCAAUGUUCCCUCGCCCUACCUUCUUUGAGGGUGCAACGUUGAACUUCGCCGAGAACUUACUCUUCCCUACCCAACAAACCGAACCAGAUUCGCCUGCCAUCAUCGCCGUAACCGAGACAACGCGCGAAACAGUGUCAUGGAAGGAGCUGAGGGAAAGAGUGAGACAGUGUCAGGCCGGAAUGAAGGCCCUGGGGUUGCAGAGAGGUGAUCGAGUUGCCGGCUAUGUUGCAAAUCACACGAAUGCGCUUGUGGCUAUGCUGGCUGCGACAUCACUGGGAGCCAUCUGGACAGCAGUCAGCCCAGACACAGGCGUACAUGCGGUACUGGAACGAUUGCGGCAGAUCGAACCUGUUAUACUCUUUGCAGACAACGCUGCUUUCUACAAUGGUCGAAGCCACCCAGUAGUACCGAAGGUCAACGAAAUUGCCGCCGGGUUACCUUCUCUGCAAGCAGUCGUGAUCUUCCCUACUGUGUCCUCAGUCGAUGUCGACCCCAAAUCCAUUGAUGUGGCUUUGGGUAAAGCCUACGACUAUGUUUCUUUCACGUCUUUGUCCAAAAAUACAGAGCUCACCUUUGAGCAACUCGGCCCAGACCACCCAGUAUACAUCCUGUACUCUAGUGGGACUACUGGUGCACCGAAGUGUAUUGUUCAUGGAGCAAUUGGGACACUUCUUCAACACAAGAAGGAGCAUAUCAUUCACUCUUCGAUUACACCCUCCUCACGACUGUUCUACUUCACGACUUGCACAUGGAUGAUGUGGCACUGGCUCGUGUCUGGCCUUGCUUCAGGGGCGACGCUUGUGCUCUACGAUGGUUCGCCCUUCCGUUACGUCGACAGCAACAACCCCUCAACCUCUGUCCCGGAUGAUCUUGCAAUGCAUCGCCUUAUCGAAGAGUAUGGCAUUACACACUUUGGUACUUCAGCGAAGUACUUAUCAGUUCUGGAGCAGAAGUCUGUUGAUCCCAAAGCUGCCGGGCUUGCCCUGGGAAAACUGGAGGCAAUCUACUCAACAGGUUCACCACUUGCUCCCUCGACAUUUUCGUACGUUUAUUCUGCUUUCCCACCUAGCAUCAACCUCGGCAGUAUCACAGGCGGCACAGACAUCAUCUCUCUUUUCGGUGCGCCGAAUCCUCUGAUACCCGUGUACGAAGGCGAGAUCCAAGCUGCUGGGCUCGGCAUGGCCAUCGCUGCCUUCGAUUACACGGGCGAAGAUAUAUCAUCGACUGGUGAGCCAGGUGAUCUUGUAUGCACAAAACCCUUUAUUUGUCAGCCCGUGGCUUUCUGGGGUGGCGAAGGCGCCAAGAAGUACCAGAGCUCAUACUUCGACAAGUUCACGAAUAAGAAAGGAGAGCAGAUCUGGCACCACGGCGACUUCGUACGCUUCAACCCUAGAACCGGUGGUAUCUGGAUGCUCGGACGGAGUGAUGGUAUUCUGAAGCCAGCUGGUGUUCGCUUUGGUUCAGCUGAGAUUUACAACGUUGUGCUUGAGCAUUUUGCCGAAGAAGUCGCGGAUGCGCUAUGCAUUGGGCGGAGGAGAGAGACUGAUGCGGAUGAAACCGUGGUACUCUUUUUGAAGAUGGCAGAGGGACAUCGGAUUUCGAACGACUUGGUAUUGAAGAUCAAGAACUCUGUCAAGAACUCGUUAAGUGCAAGGCACGUUCCUGCUGUUGUGGACGAGUGCCCUGAGAUUCCAGUUACUACAAACGGGAAGAAGGUUGAGGGCGCGGUCAAACAGAUACUUUGCGGUCUGAACGUGAAAACAUCUGCAAGCGUCGCAAACGCAGAGUGUUUGGAUUGGUACCGAGAGUGGGCCAGUUCACAUUAG